UUCUUUGAGAGAUCGAAAGUGAUCUAAAAGUGGAUAAAAUGUGAUUCGUUCAUGAAAAUUGAAAGUCGUUGCAACGCACUUUUGUGAAAUGUAAAUAGAGAUGUCUACCAAUGUUUUGGGAUUCAUUUUAAUAAUUUAUUUUAAUUUGUAGUGCAUGUCUACUUUUUAAUUUAUUUAUUUGUAUUUGUUUAUUUGGCCAAUUAGUUUAAUUUUUGUAUAUAAUUUUGAUUGAUCUGUGAUUGGUUAUCACUGGGAAAUGCAAAAAUCGCCUAAAGUGAGGCUUGUACAUAAACAACGUGACCAUUUGCGCUAAUCCACGAACCAGAGGGGUGCCGAAGAUGAUUUUGGAAAUGCUAGUCGUUUAAAAAAAUGUUCAUGAACUUCGUGCAUUCACAUUUUUUCGCCGGGGUAGUGAAUAGUGUAACCGUUGGUCACAAUUCUUGACGAAGGAAAGUUUCACUUCAGUAUUUUUAUUACCAUCUCACUACACUUAACAGUGGGAUGGGGCAAAUCUCUCAGUGUAUGCGAGGCUGAAGCCCACCAAUUUCCCGGUGGGGUGUCCUGACAGCGCAGCUGUUGACACAUUGGGAAUUGGUGGGAAAAUGGACUCGGGAAAACCAAAAAGAAAGCUCGAUCUGGGGAAGAUCGGGCUCUUGUGAUCAGGCUUCCGAGCGGACUAGUCGCACUCCAAGUGGCGGUAGUCAAGCGCCCCCACAACGGCGGAACCCGGAGGUUCCGCGAGUGCAAGUCCGUCUCGGAUUGGUCGGCCUAGGCAGUGUGAGUCGCCUGCGCUUCUGCCUACGUCUAACCGUAGUAGGACCACCCCCGUCGUCUGGCGCCUCCCCGCGCCAUCAACGUCAAGGACGACAGCUCUCAGGCCGCUGGCCUUAAUCGUUAAGGAGAGUCCCCUCUCGGCAGCCCGAAUCAGUGGACUCUGGGGCUGCCGAUUCGCCAACGAGGGAAGAAGCCUGCCCGACGAAGCCAGCAACGCCCGCUGUGCGUCCAUCCGACCCGGCACGAAGUCCGGAGACCACCGUACCGGCCGCGAAGGCCGUAGAACCGCUGCAUCCGGCGCCGAAGACCGGACAACCGCAGCGCAGAACAACAAGCCACCGUCAGCCAGAAGAACAAGCCCCCCCCCCCACGAGCGGGACAGUUCCAGCCGCGGAGUGUGAGCGAAGGAGCUCCUCCGGCGGCGACCAUCCGGCACGAGAACCAGCUGAGCUGCGCGGUAAGAGUGCCCCAAACCACCUACACUUCACACAACCCACACCCACACCAAACAAAUCACCCAAUAAAGUGCUGAAGUGGAAUCGAAAUCGUGUUUUUUCUGUGUGAUGAAAGUCUGCCUAGUAGCAAUGCCGACCCUGAGUGAUGAGUAGUCAGUAGCUUUGGUCUACGAUUACUUGGGAAACGGUCUCAGCCCUGAAAAGGACUUGAGCUAGCCUAAAACCCCUUGAUACUGAAGGACAAAUAGUUUCAAGGUAUCCCCUUUUUUCAAUGAUUUCAACAAGCUUGCUGCCCUGACCACCGUGAACCGUAUACACAUUUCAAAACGCAUGACCCCGUCAAACUCACUAGUGCCGUUUGCGGUGGAACCGUACCUAACGUUUAAGGCGCAGCCGCAGGAGGGGGGAGGCAGAGGGGGGGGGGGUUUAUUUUAUGUUUUUCAUUAAAAAUAACAAUCCAAAAAAAAACAUAAAAAACAUGGAAAUACAAAUAUAGAAAAAAACCCCGCUUGACACGUCCUGGUACAGCUGGCGAAGAUCGCGUUCCGGUCGGUCGUGUUGCACGUGUGGCACCGGAAAAAGUCGUGCAUCGGGAAGGACGUAUGCGAACUGAUCUUGCACAGAAAUUACCACCCGGAUACGGCCUCCUCCACCUCGUCCUGUAAAAUCGAGACAAAUGAUGAGUUGGAUUUCUCCGAUCGGUUUUGCACUGAACUUACUUGGUUGUUGCCACGGGUGAUCGGCUGGACACCACUGGCCAGACACAGGCCACCGAAUUUGUUGUUGAAGAUCUGGUUGAACUCUAUCGUAGCGGUUACAUUGUUAGUAAUCUCGACGCCGGGUGCCAAUCAGUCAAACUCUGGGUUGAAAUCACAUUCCAAGAUGCAGAUACCGCCGUCCCGACCGCCAAAGACCUUGUUCCGUUUGAGCAUUGCAUUCGAUUACCUAGUCUUGAUCCACAUGCCGGCCAUAGCAUUGUCAAAGAUCUCGUUCUGUUUUAGCAGGCCCAGACCUCCGAUUCACACCAGAACUCCACCGUUUUGGCCACCCCAAAUCUUGUUCCCGCGGAUCACCGGGUUGCUACCGGUACGGAUUUGCACGUCCGAGUACAGGUGAUUGACGAUUGUCACAAAAGUACGAGCCAACUUGUUUACCAGAGUUGAUGAAGAUUGUUUAUGUUAUGAACUUUGUUUGUAAACAAGCCGCAGCGCGCGCUUUUGCAUUGACAACCACGACUCGUGACCACACUGAAAUAAAUUUUAUGAAGGAAUCGCGUAUCGCCGUAAAUAUGGAUGCACAUACGGAUUAACAUAUGCGAUAUAAGCCAUAUAUGUAAAGUGAUCACCUCGUGGAUGUUCCACAUAAUUUAUGAGAACAUGUGUUGCGUUUAAGAUAAAUUUAGGCCUAAAAUGUAGUUUUUGCCCAUAGUCGCCGUAAUAUGUUAAGUUCAGGUUACACUAGUUUAGCUACGUAAUAGUGAGAAGCCCAAGACUCGCUUGAGAAUGCGCGAAGAGCCUGAGAUUUCCCUGCAGUCGGCUGCACGCUUGCCAAUAUUUCCGACAACUCAACAAAAAGGGAAAUCCAACCAGCACGACCAUGCCACGUCGUACGAUCGAACAGUCACCUGCAUACACCCAUCGAGAGCGGAGCCUCGCUCGAUCGCGUCUCGCCAGCCGACAUCAGCAGCUCGCCGAGCCGGAUAAAUCAGCGCUCGGAAACGGUAAUUUACGUAAGGGGCACGAGGCCGGACAGGACGGCACGAUACGCCGCAAAGCCCGAACGAAACUACCGGUAAGUCGUGGUCGAGGCGGACAAUUGGCACACCAUUUAGUUGUCGCAUUUCCCAGAUUGGCAAGCCGUCCAGCGAGCGUCCCAAAAGUGUCUGGUUCACCUCACCAAGCUCGUGACGCCAAGGUCGACGGCGAAACACCGCCAGCCGCGUUUGAGGCCCGACGCGCACACGGAGGCACGCCAGCGCCGUGUCGAAGGACGAGCCCGAUCUAAAGCGGACGCGCGAGGCAGAACUCGAGAGUGGAGGCGGCAGGAGAGACGCAUCGCAUGCCAAAAACCACAAGUAAGCGAGGCAUUGACAAUUGACGCUGUACUUCCACUAAGAUCACCCUAUUCACAGGAGAUCGAGGGUCACCACAAACACGCGCACGACUGAAGCGAGAUUCAGUGUCAAGGUCACGCCGACGAGGAAGCAAGUCGUAAGUUAGCUCCAGGCAGGUGGUGCAUCACCAAUACUAACAAAGGGCUCUCUUUAAACAGUGAGAACGGUGCUCGAAGCACGCGGAACACCACUAGAGGACCUGAAGCUAAAAAGAACGCCCCCGAACCGUACGGGGUAAGAUUGAGCCUGAAUCAAGGAGUAAGCACAUGGAGCUGACGACUUUUGUUUCCACAGGGCGUUUAUACACCGUUUGUUUUGUGCUCGAGGGCCGACCGACUGCACAGGUCGUGCCGCGGCAGUUUUGUCAGCGAAUACCAUCGGCGGAGAUCGAGUAGAGGCGUCGAGAAGAGGCCGUCGAAGUCGCGCGUGGCGCCAGGACACGGAGGGUGCCAACGUCGUACGCAAACGCCCAAACAUCGCCCACCGAGAAGCACGAGUUUGGCACGCAAGCACACCAGCACGUGGCGCGCAAGCACGCACGUACGCAGAGCGCGUCGCGAGGACGCGGAGCGCGUGGUGCGAACGCGACGCCGAGGCUGGAGCACGAGCUGAUCGACGGGGGCCAGGACGUGCGGCUACGGCAUGGCGGCAGAAAGCGCGCGAGGACGGGUAGGGAUUAGAUGGGCCCAUCUGUGAGUGAGUAGGAAGACAUGUGUUGUCCAUUAGCGUAAGAAAGCAGGGAACAGAGUUUGGCAGGAGAAACAUUAUUAUGUAAACUACUAGAAUAAAACAUGGCAACUUAGUUCACACGCACACAACUACUUUUAGUUAUUUUGGCUUGCUAGUCGGGAGCGUCAGCGAUUGCGCUCAGCUGAACGGAUCCUAAUCAACAAUGGCGCCCAACGUGGGGCCAUUUGGCAUUUUGGUUCGGAAUUUGGAGAUUUGCAUAAAUUGUGGCACGCAAAUCGUUUUUCUUUUUGGCAUUUUGGCGCAACAUUACUUCAAUUUUGGCUCAUCAUUUAAAAUUUAAGAUGGAUCCGAUGAGGAAAUACAAUAUGAACUGGGAAUAAGACAUGUACUACAUUUGUGCUCGCUUCCUCACCGCGUUAGAGUAGCGCGUUUGAGGGCCAUCAUCCAACAAGAUGAGGCUCGAGGAAUCGUCCCUGAAUCUGCGACACACUUUUUGUCCCCAGAAGACGAUCUGAGGCAAUGUCACAAAAACCUCACCGAACUCGUGACGUGGAUAGAAAAGGCUAUCGAGCAUGAGCAUGAGCAUGAGCAUGGUUGACUGCCAAUGAGCUGCUACUCCAUUAUUGACGGAUCAGCUGAAGUUACACAAUGAACCAACAGAUGAGUAGUGGGAGCUAAUCAUCCUCACUGUAUAACCCCUGAAGAUCUCUGCUUUAAGUCAAUACCGGCGCCCCCCUCAAGGAGAUGCAGUUCAACAAAGGUAGGAAUGUUAGUCCGAUAGUUGAAGUUGCAGACUCAUCAGACAAAGAAUUUGUCGCUCUAUACCUGUUGACACCGCAUGAGACCGUUGAAUCCACAGCAUCUUCUUCAAGCAUCACGGGAAGUGGGGGAAUUGUGUUAGUAGGGGAAGGAAAGGGAAAGUCAGGAUUCAUCUUGGUAGAUGAUAUGACCAGAAUGUGAACUGUGAACCAUAAUCGUUGCCUUCUGAGCUACGACGCUAUGAGAAGGACUUAUCAUUCGCGUGCCAUCCGAGCAACGAUGCUUUGGGAUGGGCUUUCAAAACGAAAUGAAAUUUGAAUUAACGCAUUAUUCGGUAACGUACAAUUUCAAAUAGAUCCGUCGUCGUGCCAUCCGAGCCACGAUGCUAAGGGAAGGGCUUUCAAAACAAAAUGAAAUUUUUAGCAACGUAUUAUUCGUUAUCAUGUAAACCUCAAAUAGUGUUGAUACACCGAACUGUUUCAAUCGAUUUAAUGAAAUUCUUCGCGCAUGACUUCUUUGCAACCAACUUAACCACGAAUUUACCCAGUCCGGACCGCGAACAACCGGUUCAACAACAGAAAGAAAAUAUAUACACGACGACGCGAAGCCUUCUAUCAAUAAAUUCAAGAAUCUUCUAUCACUUUCUCGAGGAUUCUCGCGCGUCGAUUCUUCAAUCGAUCUCCCCCACGAACACCACGCGAUUGAGGGCCAAACUCCCAAGGCCACCACGCGACACUUUUUUCAAUGAAUUCCAGAAUCUUCUAUCACUUUCUCGCGGAUUCUCGCGCGUCGAUUCUUCAACCGAUCUCCCCCACGAACACCACGCGACUGAGGGCCAAACUCCCAAGGCCACCACGCGACACUUUUUCAAUGAAUUCCAGAAUCUUCUAUCACUUUCUCGCGGAUUCUCGCGCGUCGAUUCUUCAACCGAUCUCCCCCACGAACACCACGCGACUGAGGGCCAAACUCCCAAGGCCACCACGCGACACUUUUUUCAAUGAAUUCCAGAAUCUUCUAUCACUUUCUCGCGGAUUCUCGCGCGUCGAUUCUUCAACCGAUCUCCCCCACGAACACCACGCGACUGAGGGCCAAACUCCCAAGGCCACCACGCGACACUUUUUUUCAAUGAAUUCCAGAAUCUUCUAUCACUUUCUCGCGGAUUCUCGCGCGUCGAUUCUUCAACCGAUCUCCCCCACGAACACCACGCGACUUAGGGCCAAACUCCCAAGGCCACCACGCGACACUUUUUUCAAUGAAUUCCAGAAUCUUCUAUCACUUUCUCGAGGAUUUUCGCGCGUCGAUUCUUCAACCGAUCUCCCCCACGAACACCACGCGACUGAGGGCCAAACUCCCAAGGCCACCACGCGACACUUUUUUUCAAUGAAUUCCAGAAUCUUCUAUCACUUUCUCGCGGAUUCUCGCGCGUCGAUUCUUCAACCGAUCUCCCCCACGAACACCACGCGACUGAGGGCCAAACUCCCAAGGCCACCACGCGACACUUUUUUCAAUGAAUUCCAGAAUCUUCUAUCACUUUCUCGCGGAUUCUCGCGCGUCGAUUCUUCAACCGAUCUCCCCACGAACACCACGCGACUCAUGACGUGGAUAGAAAAGGCUAUCGAAUCGAAAAACGUAACCUAUCUGGUCCAGGCUAGGGCGCGUCUUCUUCACUAUCGCGAUCGCUUAGCAAUCUUGCUUACAACGGAGAGACUGGCAGAGGAUCACGAAGUUUGCUCAAUGGUCGUUCAAUUCUGCAUCGAGGACAUUGAUGACACGUUGGGUAAGGCGAAGAAACGUUCAGAGAUCAACACUAGCGGAGAAGAUAACUCGGGUGCAGCGGACGGACAGAACAACGGGACGGCUCACGUCAAUCCGGAUCAAACAGAAAGACGAGACGAAGUGGGAACGGACGGUAACCCGCCGGGCCCAAGUAGCAAUUUCCUAUCAUCGACGCAAUCGGGAAACCGAGGCUUCAACAUGGCGUGGAACAAUCUGUUGAACCAAAACACCACACCCAGAAAUCCAGAACCAUCGCGACAACCAGAUAACCUGGGAAACGAUAACGGAGAUUUGCUAAACAUUUCAGAACGCCUUCCGGGUUACAACGAACACCAGAAUGGAGGACAAGGGACUGUAAACAACAAUAGACAUGGAACGGGAAUAAGCACUGGUCAAAGCCAUCUUGGAGGGCAGGCGAACCAUGGUCUAGGACAGCCACUAAACAGCAACCAAACUGGACUGCAAAGCGGCCAAGGCGCCGGUUUUCUGGGAAAUCUAGCUGAUGGUUUGCUCGGAGGUCAAGGACCCGGAUUUUCCGGAGGUCUUUCACUGGGACGGAACGGAGCUCAAGCGGGUUCAUACGGUGGUCGCGCAACUGGAUUCCAUGCAGGUCUAGCAGCUGGUUUCUACGGAGGCCGGACAGCUGGACUCUCCAAUGGUCAAUCAACCGGUUCCUACGGAGGUCAAACAACUGGAACAGGCGGCGCAAACGGAAGCCAAUCGACAGGGCUUUUUGGAAGACCAACGACGGGACAGGACGGAGGACAAGCAGAUAGCUUUAGAGGAGGUGCUGGAGCAGGGCUUAACAACAAUCAAGGCGGUGAUCCGGGCGCUGGUCAAGCAUCAAGUGCAAACGGAGAUCAAGAAAGGGUGAACGAACGAAACUAUCGCUGGAGGGACGAAUUGUUGAACUGGAUGAGAAUGAACGAACAACAACGACAACAGCAAAUGCAAAACGAACAGUACCAACAACAACAGUACCAGCAGCAACAGUUUGAACAACAACAGUACCAGCAGCAGCAGUAUCAACAACAACAGCGUUGGCAGUUCGAAGAGAGAAGACCCUACAAAGCGAUUCACAACUGGCCGUUUCGCGUGUGUCUUGCGAACCUUCGUGGUGAACGGACACUAGAGCUGCGGUAUUUUUUACUACCUAAGCUCAGAGUUAUUUCAAACAAAAUUCACAGUCUUUUUAAAGACUACCUGAGUUACUUUCCAAAAUUCUAAACAGUCUU